AUGGAGCGCCGCCACCAGCUGAUCUCCAACACCCUGAAGGCCAAGAAGCGGCGGCUGCAGCCGGGACCCGACCCUGGGGACACAGGAGAACCAGACAGACAGGAGGGCCCCGGGGCGGUGGAUUCGGCUCUCCGGUAUCUCGCUUCCCUCUUCCCUCGCCAGCUGUUUGAGGAUGCGCUGCCCCCCGUCGUCCUGAAGCACCAGCUCUACAGCCUGGUGAGGGAUCGCACGGCCGUGGACAGGCAGCUGAGCCGGCUGAAGGACGAGGGGCUGAUCCGGCUCUUCCAGCUUGGAUUCGACUCAGACGUCUUCGGGGUGGCGUUCACCCAGGACUACACGGCCAAGGUGCUGCAGUCCGUGGCGGGGAAGGAGCACGCCGGGACGGUGCGCAGGUUCCUGGAGACGGCGUUCGCCUCCUGUCCUGAACUCAGCUACGACAAUGGCCGCAUGCUGAGGGACUUCGGCUUCCGGGAUCCGGAUAUCACGCAGCUGGUAAAUGCCGGGGUCCUGACCGUCCGUGAUGCUGGCAGCUGGUGGCUAGCCGUGCCGGGAGCCGGGCGCUUCGUUAAAUGCUUCAUCAAAGGGCGCAAGGCCGUGCUGGGGAUGAUCCAGAAGGCCAAGUACAAAGAGAUUUUGCUGUCGGAUCUGCAGAGCCGCCGGGCUCCCAGCGCCGUGAAACUGGGGCUCCCCUACCACAUCCAUGACCUCAUCGGGGCACAGCUGGUCGACUGCAUCCCCAGCACUUCCGGGACCCUGCUGCGAUUGGCCGAGUCCUGACCCCGCGACCUGAGGAGCUCCGAGAGAUCUGUGCCAAGCACUGACUGAUGCUGGGGGGCAGAGGGGGCUCACCGCCGUGGGGACUUGCGUUUCCCAUCAUGCAGCGGGGCUCAGCCCCUCUGGGCCCCUGCGGAGUGACUGGGGGUCUAGGCAGUUUAAUUUAUUUUGUGGAUCAAUGUGUGCAUGGGAAGGGAUGAAGGAUCGGGGCCUGGCCCCAUGGGACUUGGGGGGGAAAUGGCGAGAUUUGAGCUGUGGCUCAGCGGCAGGGCCGUGGAGGGCAAUAAAUGGGGGUUUCUCUGC